GGUAAUUGUCACUACUUGUGAAAGAAAAGCGUACGAGUGAGCUUGUAUUUUUUUUGCCACUCAGUUGUUGCUUCUGUUAGGAAUCGAUCAACAUAGUGAUAUCCUCGUGUGGUAAUAGUACUAGUUAUUUGAUAGUAGUACGUAUAAUAGUAGCUGUGUUAGUCGGUCUUCAUUUGCUAUAACAGAUCGUAAUCUCUUGUUCUGUGUAACUCUUUGUUGGAAAUUAACAAUCCCUACUGGUUUUUGAGAAAUCUAACGAGAGAUAGACAGAGAUUAUAGCCAUGGCUCUUAUAUCAAAAAUAACUUUACCAGAUCUUGACUAUGACUAUGGUGCGCUUGAACCUGCAAUUAGUGGAGAAAUUAUGCAGAUUCAUCACCAAAAGCAUCAUCAGGCUUAUAUCACUAAUUACAAUAAAGCUCUUGAACAACUCACUGAAGCUACAGCCAAAGGAGACACAUCUACUGUUGUUAAAUUGCAAAGUGCCAUCAAGUUCAACGGCGGAGGCCAUGUGAACCAUUCAAUUUUCUGGAAAAAUCUUGCUCCUGUUAGUGAAGGAGGCGGUGAGCUUCCUGAAGGUUCCCUUGCCUCGGCAAUUGAUACUCAUUUUGGAUCUCUUGAAAAGUUGGUGCAAAAGGUCAAUGCAGAAGGUGCUGCUUUGCAAGGCUCUGGAUGGGUGUGGCUAGGUCUGGAUACAGAACUGAAGAAGCUUGUUGUUGAAACCACAGGGAACCGGUACAAGAAUAUGAGACCAGAAUAUCUGAAGAACAUAUGGAAGGUUAUUAACUGGAAAUAUGCCUGUGAAGUUUAUGAGAAAGCACUCCUCUGAGUGAAGUGUACACAAAAUAUUCCCAUUAUCUGGGAACUAGUCUUUGUUUUCUGUCAUCCAAUUUAGUGAAGAUUCUAUGGAAGGGAAUAUCAACUUGUGUAGAGUUUUAUAUGUACUUGGUGUAAUUUGUUUGUUGAUUCCCAUGAGACUGCCAUUUUAGGUUCGGGUUUCCUGUUUUAUAUAAAGUUGUUUGAUUGUGUUGACAAUAAGAAAACCUAAUAGAAUAGAUAGUCAGUUAGUCAAGUCAAAUAACUUUGACUUGACUCAGUUCAAUUCAGUCAGUGCCUGAGUUGUAUCUGAUUCAGACAACAUAAAUGUGUGUAAUAAAUAUGUCCAAAACUCUCUUUGUAAUCAUCUGAUUUUAUUCAAUAAUACAACUUCUUCUUCUCUCUUUC